AUGGCGGCCGGCGUCAUCAGGAACUUCCUUCUUCAGGCUCCGGCUCUAGACUAUUUCCCCUUGAUUUUCCAGCACUCUCCAUGCAAGGACGACAAAGAAGAGAAAGCGGGGGAAAAGACCGAAGAGGGGGACGAUCAGGAGGAAAGAGAAGAAGAAGAUGAGGAAGACAUGGAUGAGGAGGAUGAAGAUGUUGCAUCUGAAGCUCAGGAGGAAGAGGAGGAAUGUUUAGAGGAGGUUUUUCUAAAUCCUGCUCACUACGCUUUGGAUGUGACCAAGCAGCUGCUGAGGUUUGCCGACCUCAUCAGUCGUGAUGUCCAGCGAUAUUUUGGUCGCUGUCCCGGAGAUCAAGAAGCUUGUGACAUCUACAGUGACUCCGUCUCUGUCACAACUAGCGGACGUCUGCGUUACUACGACGACCUGCUGAGAAUUGCAAGAGCAGGAAGUCCAGAGGAGCAAGACAGCUCCUUUGUGACCUGUGGUGGGGAUCAAGGAGGGGUGGUUGCUAAGAGCAACAACGGCUUGGGGCCGCUGGCUGAACUGUUUGACCACAGGGGCCUGAGUCAGGGUCGGUGCCGCCCAAUGAUCAAGAGGCAUCUUCCGCUCAGUUUCUGGACUGAGCCGAUCCCCUGCUGCUCUCUGAUCAGUUACAACAGCGACACACCUUCACAAGGUGACACACACGAAGACACUAACACACACGUGCACUACAACGAGCUCCCACACCACAAUACGCUCGACGGCACGCAGCCUGACUUCAGUGACUUGCUGGCAAACUGGGAUCCGAACCCAGAGCUGACUCACACACUGACGGAGAACACACACAUGGAGCAUUAAACACAUUGUCUCGCUGCUUGUAUGAUGAAACUUUAUUCAUGUCAUUUACAGCUUUGAUACAUAUUUGU